UGUUCCGUCUUCCCGUAUAUAUACAACUCAACUAUAUUAUUUCGGUAAAGAAAGUAUGAAAGUGUUUAAGCGUAAUUGAAACGCUCGACAUUUAGUGCAUCGUUUGCGAACAUUUAUUCGCCUCCUCGGAUAAGCAGUGCUCGCUCUGCAACGCUGCAUGCGCAGACGUUCUACGUACGAUGCUGUAGCGUGGACGGUGUGUACAGGGUGAGCGAGAGGAAGGGAUGGGAAAGUCGUGUCGUGGCUCGCGGAGCGGAUUAGUCUUUGAUCCGGCCAAGUCGAUAUCUGCACGGAAAUCAAUAAAAUCUCGAGUGCAUCUUCGUUUUGUAUCCUUUGUUUGCUUUUUCUUUCGUCAGCAAAUCGUGGAUCCACCAUCGAUUCGACCAUGCUGAUGUGCCUUGGCAAAGACUGCACGUGCCCUCAGCACCGAUUCUUGAGCUGCCUGAGAAAGGAGCAGAACGAAGAGGCCACGUCGCUGCUCCGGCAGCUGGAGAACCCCGGCGAGCUGAGCGACAAUGCCGGCUCGACCCUGCUCCACUACUCGGUUCGCUGCGGCAACGCGGAGAUGACGCAGCGCCUGAUCGAGGCGGGAUGCGACGCGAACGCCCGAGACCACCGUGGCAUCCGGCCGCUGAUGCUGGCGGUGAAGGCCGGCGACGCGAAGACCAUCGAGGUCCUCGUGGGCAGCCACGCCGACAUCUACGCCGCCGACUGCGACGGGGCGAGCAGCCUGCAGCUGGCCUUCCACCUGUGCCUGCCGGGGCCAGGCCGGGCGCCGCAGCAGGGCCGCAGCGCGCGCCUGGCCGCGAAGCUGCUGUUCGACCGGCUCGACGCCGACUUCGCGCGGGGCGCGCUCACGGCUCGCCGCGCGUUCGAGGCGAGCGACCUGCUCAAGUUCGCGAUGGCGGCGGCCGGCGGCGCGCCGAUCGCCCGCUUCCUGCUGGAGAACCGCUACCCCGUGGACCUGCGCGAGCCCGAGCGCGAGCGCACCGCCCUCCACUGCGCCGUCCUCCUGGCGCGCUUCGACAACGCCGACGCGCUGAUGGACUACGGGGCCGACAUCGACGCGCUGGACCGGGACGGCUGCUCGCCGCUGCGCGGCUACACCUACCGCGCCGGCGGCGCGCCCGCGUUCGAGGACGUCGACGAGGGCUCCCGCGUGCUCGGCUGCUUCCUCAAGUACUCGAGGCGGCUGGCCGCGCGACACGCCCGCGGCGGCUUCACCGAGCUCGAGCGGCUCCUGGUCUACGGCAAGCGCGCCACCGUGCGCGCCGUCUUCGAGAGCGGCGUCGACGUCGGCUCGUGCCUCCGCAGGGGCAAGUCGCUGCUCAGCAUGCUCAUCCACAACGGGGACGCGCGCGUGCUCGAGCUCCUCGACGAGCUCGCGCUGCCCUUCGACCCGAACGAGCGCAUCGACGCGCUCACGCCUCUGAUCGAGGCCGUGAUCGCCAAGUGCCCCGAGAAGGUCGAGUUCUUCCUGCGACACGGCGCCGACGCGAACCUGCCCGAUCGCACGGCUCUGCGGGCCGGGCCCCUGUCGCACGCGAUGAUCCUCUCCGCGGCGGACCGCAGCGAGGAGAGCCGCGUCGCGAGCAUCGUCGAGCUGCUGCUGCGACACGGCGCCGCCGGCGUGCAGACCUUCUUCGGCGAGAGCCGCGGCGACGCCGAGCUUCGCGAGCCCGACAAGGUCGUGGUCGCCCACUUGGCGCUGCUCGGCGCCGUCGAGCCCGCGGCCCUGGCCGAGUCCACUCGCCGCCUCGUCGAGUCGAGGCCGCGGACCAGCGGCUACUUCGAGCUGUGCGCCGCGCAGCUGGACGCGAUGAAGGGCCUCCGUGUCUGCGGCACGGUCACCUUGUUCCAGCUGCUGUGCGAGCCGGACGAGGCGGUCGUAGCGCGCGCCCGCGAUCGCCAGUUCGUAUCGGCUUGGAGCAGCGCGAUGCGCGAUCUUUCCCACUUCGAAACCUACUACUCGAAUGCUCUGCGAAGAAAGCUUUCCGGAGUGUUGAACGAGGCAACGUUGCUGAGGAAAGCUGCGCUCGCAGUCACGGCUAUGAUGGGGCUGUGCAUCGAUCUGCAUCGCGAUAUUGCCUAUAAAGUUAUUAGCUACUUGAACCGCAAAGACAUACUUCAUUUAUGUGACGUGAUCACAUUCUCUAAAUAG